AAUUCGUCAUCUGUUACUAUUGUUAUUUCUUUGUUCAGGAAAAAUAAUUGGCACCGCUGAGAUAGUUUCGUAAGCAGAAUAAUGCAAGAAAAUUGUCCAGAAUUGUACGAAGAGGUAAAACUCUAUCGGAAUGCACGGGAACGAGAGAAAUAUGACAAUAUGGCUGAUUUGUACGCAAUCAUCAAUACUCUUCAACAGCUUGAAAAGGCGUACAUCCGUGACUGCAUCACCCCACAAGAGUAUACGGCCGCCUGUUCCAAAUAUUUAGUGCAGUACAAAGUUGCUUUCAAGCAAGUUCAAUGUGAUGAAUAUCCCAGUGUAGAUACAUUUGUAAAAAAAUUCCGAUUAGACUGCCCUGCAGCUCUGGAACGAAUAAGAGAAGAUAGACCUAUAACAAUUAAAGACGAUAAAGGAAAUACAUCCAAAUGCAUAGCAGAAAUAGUUUCAUUAUUCAUAACUAUCAUGGACAAAUUACGACUCAAAAUGAAUACGAUGGAUGCUCUGCAGCCGGACGUAAAAGACUUGGCUGAUAAUAUGAACCGACUUUCAUUGAUUCCGAAAGAUUUUGAUGCCAAACAAAAAGUUGAAACUUGGCUUAGCACUUUAAAUGACAUGCAGGCCUCUGAUGAAUUGUCAGAAUCACAGGUUCGUCAAUUUCUAUUUGAUUUGGAAUCGGCUUAUGCUGAUUUUACUAAACUAUUGCAUAGUCAAUAGCUACUCCGUAUUUCAACAAAGUACUUGCAAAAACUACGCAGGAACGAAAUUAUAUUUGCAAAAGUUAAUCUCAUAGCCGUUAUAAAAAUAAAUCUUAUUUUGUGAGCAAAUUAUUCAAAACUAGUUUGCUUACAUAUUCAUUAAACAGCAUUUUAACGGAAUUUAAAAAUAAAUAUUGUACACAUAUGGUAAUAAAAGUAUAGAUAAAAAUCAUAAAA